CCUCAAUACUCAAAACCAUAAACCCUCCUCCCGCUCUCGAUCUGUACCAGAAAACCAGAGAGAUGGGGAGGUCAAGAAGGAAAUACAAGCAAUCGAGACCGAAGGUGAAAGUAGGGCUCCCAAAGAAAAACCCUAACGUGUUCAAGCCGUCCUUCCAUAUACCGCCGAAGCUCCGAUCUCUGGUGGAGGAGAAGCAAUCUAAAUGGGACGACAAAGCCAGCGUCAUCAGCAAUUACAAGUCGUUCGGCGUCGUUUCCAACCCUAAUUUGCUCGGCGUCCGCUCUCGGACUUCCCACAUCGUCGAGUGUGACACCCUCAACGUUCCCCCAUCUCCGCCGUCACCGCCCCCGUCCGACGAUCCCGCCGAUCUCUCCGCUAAAGAGUUCGAGCCAAUUGACUGCGGCAGCGAUCUCGAGGAAGAUGAUUUAAAAUCAGCCCUUGGGAAGAAGCGAAAAGAUGGGAAGAGUGCACCUUUACAACCUUUGACUAGUAUGCAGCGCAUGCAUGUCAGCCGACUGGUUGAGAAAUAUGGAGAUGACUACCAGGCUAUGUUUAUGGACCAAAAACUAAACAAAAUGCAACAUUCAAUUGGGACGCUUGAGAAAUUAUGUAAGAGAUAUCAUAUGUAUAAAAACAAAAGCCCUAUGCUAUUGGCCUAGUUGAGCUCGUGCGGCUGGAAGUUUUUGAGAAAUUUGUAGAAGUAUAUGUUCUGAUCGUUUUUCCCCUUUCAAUUUAUAUUCUGGGAGUUAUAUGGAAAAAGAAAACAAUUGACCCUGUAGUUUCUUGAGCUUAUUUUUGUCUAUUACUUAAAUUUAUAUGUC